GUAUUCGCAUCUCGUCGCCCCAGAUAUUUACAAAUUUAAAACGAUCACUUGGCUCCGAGGACCGAUUACGUCAUAGGCCGACCAUCGUCUCUCUCUCAUGGUGCGUGUGUCUGGUGCGUGUAUACCGUGUGUUCCCUAAUUGCAGUUCCAAUAAUUUUUUAACCGGGUGAGGGAUGUGCACGCUUCGGAAUCUCGCCGGUCUUAGGUAGUCGCAAUCUUCAAAAUGUUCCUAGUGCAUUCCUGCAAAAAUACCUGGAGCAGAUCUCAGCUGAGCGGCAAAAUCGGACCGGUAUUCGUUCCUUAUUCUAGCUAAAAUUAGUGUUCGGGCUUUUACUGCCGCUUAACCGUAAAAACUGCAGUAAGAAAUGGCUACGAUAGACGGCCGUCCCGCACAAUAUGGAAUAUCCUUAAAACAGCUCCGCGACCUCAUGGAACAUCGAGGUCGCGAAGGAAUUCAGAAAGUGCAUGAAUUGGGAGGGGUACAAGAGAUUUGUAAAAAACUUUACACAUCCCCAAGCGAAGGUCUUAGUGGGUCAAAUGUAGAUUUAGAACAUAGAAGAGAAACCUUUGGUUCAAAUUCAAUACCCCCAAAGCCUCCAAAAACUUUUUUACAGUUAGUUUGGGAAGCUUUACAAGACAUAACAUUAAUUAUUUUAGAAGUAGCAGCCAUAGUUUCUUUGGGACUUUCAUUCUACCAGCCACAACAAGAAGAAUCAGAAAGUGGAUUUGAUGAUGAUGAAACAAGCCAUGGAUGGAUUGAAGGUCUCGCAAUUUUAAUUUCAGUUAUUGUAGUAGUAUUAGUGACAGCGUUUAAUGAUUAUACUAAAGAAAGACAAUUUCGCGGUCUACAAAGUCGAAUAGAAGGAGAACAUAAGUUUUCAGUUAUUAGGCAGGGUGAAGUAAAACAAAUAUCUGUCAGUGACAUAGUUGUAGGAGAUAUCUGCCAAGUUAAAUAUGGUGAUCUUUUGCCUGCUGACGGUAUUCUUAUUCAAUCCAAUGAUCUUAAGGUGGAUGAAUCUUCUCUUACUGGUGAAUCAGAUCAUGUGAAAAAAGGUGAAUCCUUUGAUCCAAUGGUCCUCUCAGGUACUCAUGUAAUGGAAGGUUCUGGAAAGAUGUUGGUAACAGCAGUAGGCGUCAACUCACAAGCUGGUAUCAUCUUCACACUAUUGGGUGCUGCAGUAGAUCAACAGGAACAGGAAAUCAAGAAAAUGAAAAAAGAAGCUAAAAAGCAGCGGAAGAAGAAAAGUUUAACAGGAGAUGAAGAGAAUGUGACUGGAAACAGUCACAUGAAUUCUCCAGCCCCUGUCUCUAACAAGCACGACGCCACUCAAGAUGGUAAGGAGAAUCACGUGAACAACGCUCCGCCCCCAGAAUCCAGUCACAAGAAGGAAAAAUCUGUCUUGCAAGCAAAAUUGACCAAGCUUGCCAUCCAGAUUGGUUACGCAGGGUCCACGAUCGCUGUACUCACCGUCAUCAUCCUCAUCAUCCAGUUCUGCGUGAGGACGUUUAUGAUCCAGAAAUUGCCCUGGAAGAACACUUACGCCAGUCAGCUCGUUAACCAUUUGAUUAUUGGUGUCACUGUUCUUGUAGUUGCUGUGCCUGAAGGUCUACCAUUGGCUGUAACUCUCUCCUUAGCUUAUAGUGUUAAGAAAAUGAUGAAAGAUAACAAUUUAGUAAGACAUUUAGACGCUUGUGAAACCAUGGGUAACGCCACGGCCAUCUGUUCCGAUAAGACGGGUACUUUGACCACUAACCGCAUGACCGUCGUUCAAUCCUACAUUUGCGAACAACUCUGCAAAACUAUCCCGAAGUUCAGCGACAUUCCCGCUCACGUCGGCAAUUUGAUCAUACAGGGUAUUGCUGUAAACUGCGCAUAUACAUCGCGCAUCAUGCCUUCCGAGGACCCAAGCGAAUUGCCCAAACAAGUGGGCAACAAAACCGAAUGCGCUUUGUUAGGUUUUACAUUGAAUCUGAACAAGAACUAUCAAAACAUUCGUGAUGACUAUCCCGAAGAAUCAUUUACGAGAGUGUAUACUUUUAAUUCUGUUAGAAAGUCGAUGAGCACUGUUAUUCCUCGCCGCGAAGGCGGGUUUAGAUUAUAUACCAAGGGUGCUUCUGAAAUCAUUUUAAACCGGUGUGCCUUUAUUUAUGGUCAUGAUGGCCGUUUGGAGAAAUUCACUCGCGACAUGCAAGAGCGGUUGUUGAAGCAGGUUAUCGAGCCAAUGGCCUGCGACGGCCUUCGAACAAUAUGCAUAGCAUACAAAGAAUUUGUUCCUGGUAAAGCUGAGAUCAAUCAAGUUCACAUUGACAAUGAACCAAACUGGGACGACGAAGAAAACAUCGUCAGCAAUCUGACCUGUCUCUGCGUGGUGGGUAUCGAAGAUCCUGUCCGUCCCGAAGUACCCGACGCCAUCAGGAAAUGCCAGAAGGCUGGCAUCACCGUCAGGAUGGUCACUGGUGAUAACAUCAACACCGCCAGAUCUAUAGCCACCAAAUGCGGCAUAGUGAAACCAAAUGAGGACUUUCUUAUUCUCGAAGGCAAAGAGUUUAAUAUGCGAAUUAGGGAUGGUUCUGGAGAGGUUCAACAACAUUUGUUGGAUAAAGUUUGGCCUAAAUUGAGAGUUCUGGCUCGAUCAUCACCAACUGACAAGUACAUUCUAGUUAAAGGUAUCAUCGAUAGUACCGCUAGUGAAAAUAGGGAAGUUGUAGCCGUUACUGGCGAUGGUACUAAUGACGGGCCAGCUUUGAAAAAAGCUGAUGUUGGUUUCGCGAUGGGAAUUGCUGGAACUGAUGUGGCGAAAGAAGCCUCUGACAUCAUCCUCACUGAUGACAAUUUUAGUAGUAUCGUAAAAGCUGUAAUGUGGGGCAGAAAUGUCUACGACAGUAUAGCUAAAUUCUUACAGUUCCAACUUACCGUUAAUGUUGUUGCUGUUAUCGUUGCGUUUAUUGGUGCUUGCGCUGUUCAAGACAGUCCUCUGAAGGCUGUGCAAAUGUUGUGGGUGAAUUUAAUUAUGGACACCUUGGCUUCCUUGGCGUUAGCCACUGAGUUGCCUACACAUGAUUUAUUGCUGAGGAAACCCUAUGGAAGAACCAAGCCUUUAAUCUCCAGAACGAUGAUGAAGAAUAUUCUUGGACAAGCUGUUUAUCAAUUGACUAUUAUCUUUUCUUUGUUGUUUGUUGGCGACAAAAUACUUGAUAUUGAAUCAGGAAGAGGUGCUGCUAUUGGUUCAGGACCGUCCCAACAUUUUACUAUUAUAUUCAACUCCUUUGUAAUGAUGACCUUGUUCAAUGAGUUUAAUGCUAGGAAAAUUCAUGGGCAGAGAAAUAUUUUUGAAGGAAUAUUUACUAAUCCUAUCUUUUACACUAUUUGGAUUGGGACUACAGCCGCGCAGGUUGUGAUUAUUCAGUAUGGUGGAGUAGCUUUCGCUACAAAAGCUCUUACUCUGGAACAAUGGUUCUGGUGUUUAUUCUUCGGUAUCGGCACUCUUUUAUGGGGCCAACUUGUUACCACUAUUCCUACACGUAAAUUACCGAAAAUUUUAUCUUGGGGUCGUGGUCAUCCUGAAGAAUACACCGAAGCCAUUGCUAUUGGCGAGGAAAAAUUCGAUGUGGAUUCAGAUAAGAAACCACGCGCAGGUCAAAUUUUGUGGAUCAGAGGCCUUACGAGGCUACAGACUCAGGUGAUAGGUGGUGAAUUACAAGAACGUUUGAUUCCAGUUCCAUACAGCAAGAGCUCAACUGACCAAGCUGUGGGGCAAAGUCAAAUCCGAGUAGUUAAUGCUUUCCGACAGGGCCUAGACGCUCGAUACGGCGAGCACAGCAAUGCUUCCCUAGCCGAGGUGCUCCGCAAGCAAACCUCCCUCUCUAAGAGGUUGUCGCAAACUUCUUCCAUAGAAUAUGCGGACAACAUCCCCGACGAGCUGACCAUCCCGGAGAUCGACGUGGAACGACUGUCCUCCCACAGCCACACGGAAACGGCGGUCUAGCCGCCGACGGGCCCCAUGCGCAGCUCCACUCGUACCUAACCCACGCAGCAGUCGUGACGUCGUGCGCCGCGCGCCGCGCUGCGCCAGCGGCUCUCACCAGUACCUGUCGAGUGCGGAGGCGCCGCGCGUGCGCCAGGGACUAAGCAAUAAGUGGGGCUAGGCCGCCCCAGCCAGGUGCCUAUGCGGGACGGGGAUCCGCACCCCGCACCAAUUCGCAGCCUUUCGCGGGACUCUUUUUCUUACCCAACCGAAGCAUUUGGUCGUCCUCGUACGCGGGCCUCCUCGCAACCCGCUUCCAUCGGGGCUUCGAGCGUGCCCGUAGCACUUAUCUGCCAAAGCGGAGAGAGGCGGUAAUCAUUCACGCACCUAGAUCGUUCUCUCGACUGUCCUUCGGCCCAGUUUUUGCGUGCCUGUUCCUUUCUCAGAUCAUAUAAACCAACAUCGAGACAUCUAUCUUUUUAAACAGCUCACUUUAUGCUUUUUAUAUCUCUCACAUCCCAGAUGAAGAUUACUUCUUUUAUCAAUUGGUCAGACUUGUUAAUUAAAACUUUGUGAAUACAUAGUUAUGAACAAAGAAUAUAUUCAACCAACAAUAAAGAUUCUGGUUUCUAUAAUAAUCUAUUGUUUGCACCAAUUAAAAAAUAUCUGGAAUAUGCCGAUAGAUUAAGCCUUAGUAUCAAAUGUCUUGUAAUAUGACUGUGCCAAAUUAUUUGGUGAACUUUAUUAAUUAAAAUUUUUUAAUAUUAUUAUUUUUUAUUUAUUUUAGAAUAUAUAAUCAAGUAUGCAUAAUUCAUGAGAGUAAGAUAUAUAUAUAUUCUUGUAACACAAGUUAUGAAGGUUAGUUUACAUGAUCUAUAGUUCCUUCUGACUCAAGUCGUUUUCCUAUCUCCUUGCUUAGUCAACGCUCCCAUCAGUCGUAUACAGUGCUUUACCUCACUCGACUUAGUUUCUAACGUUGAAAUGCCUGAUCCGAUCGCAGAAGCAAACCACUGUAUACAAUAAUAAAUGAACUGUAGGCACUAGACUUAAGAAACGCUCUGGGAAUGUUUUUGUAAUGUAAUUAUCAUAAUACUUAAAAUAAAUAUGUAGAUUAUAAAAUUAGAUGGUAGGAAACUAAAAGUACUUAAAAGUGACUCCCAGUAGAUAUAACAAAAGAGAAUCAGAUUUUUGGAAGUGUGUCUUAUAGAGGCAUUUUCGGGUUGGGUCGUUGAAAUAAAAUGAAGAAAAAACAGGUUUAACGGACAGUCUUGAAAUAUGUAAUUUUGUACUUAGUCGCAAUUGUUUGUUAAGCACUAAAUUACGGCCUCUCCCCAGUUGAAAUCUAUUAUUACCUAGGUCUAAAUUAUACAGUUAUGUAGAUAGAUUAGAAAGAAAUAAAUUAUUAAAAUUAAAUUUAUGAGACUUCCGAAGCACGCAGUUGUUCUGUUUCGCAACAACUGCGCGCUACGUUUAGGCGAUGCUGUUGCUUAAACCUAAUAUGGUUUUGUAUUUUAUACUAACUCGUUUAUUUUGUUUGUAGUACUCCGUUUUAUUUGUAAUAUACAUAGAACUUAACAUAAUGAAGUGUCUACUGGCAAGCCUACGAGACAGGUAGCGACGGAAUUAGCAAGCGGAUUUUGGAAUUGCAACAACACCCGUUGUAUUUUUGAAUUGUUUUAAGCUCCUCAAGCCAACAACACUUACUUUCAAUCGUUACGAAUGAAAAAUGUUCUACCGGGUUACACAAAAUGAUUUUCGGUAAGGGAUUCAAUCUAAUUCAAUAAAUAGUCCAUGUAUCUAUCUAGAAAAUUUAACCAAAGGUGUUAAUCCAAUUCCUCGACUUGAUCUUGUUUAGGACCUAUCUUUUUUUGGAGCGUCGCAGUUUUAAGGUAGAUAUGUGAUAGAUAUAGAGUGAUACUUGCGAUUUCUAGUGUAUUCGUGUAUGACGGAGGAGCCUGACCACCGCGGCUUGUCACACGCACAUACUUAUACAUAUAUACAUACAUAAAUAUAUAUACACUCCGUAUCGGAAUAAGCUUGUCCUCUGCGAGACCAGUGGUUGGCGGUGACCGCCCCAUGAUACGAUUCUCCCUUCUGUUUAGCGGCCUAGUAACGGAGCUUGUCGUAUCUUGGGGCUUUUCGCUUCUUGCGGCGCUCACCUCGCAAGCAGUUUGUCUUCGCCCACCACCGCGGGACUGCGCCUUUGUCCACUCACCCUCUGACAGGGACGUUGUCCUGCUCUCGUCUGUAGUCUCUUAAGUCAUUAUCGGCCGGGUCCGUGGUCCGUCGAGCCUCGACGGACCUCUGGACCGAAGGAUAAUCUAGUACAAUUCCAAGAAGAAACAAAAAGAUUUUCCUGACCUCACGUUUUACUAGGAAAUAGUUCUUAAAGGGGUGUUACCAAAGUAGACCGAGUAACCCGAAGGCAAAUAGACUCAAGUGUCGGUGACGCGAGUCACAGCAGCUCGCGCAGAUUCCUCCAGUGACUCGGCGCCCUCGACAUGUUGGACGAAGCUCCUAUUAAUGCCAAAUAUUUGUGAGGUGGCAUUUGAGUUGAAUGUUGUUAUCUGUAAUUUUAAUGGUAAAAAUAUUGAAUCGUUAAUUUGUUAUAAUUGUUAUUUUAUAAUAUAAACUGAUGUAUAAAGCUAGCCCGAAUUCCGCCUUUGGCCGUGAAACAGCGAUGGUCACAGACGUAUAUGGGGUGAAUCGGACAUGUUCGGAAUAUAUUCGAGUGCAACUCGUCUACCUAAUAUAUACAUAACUUUUAUUGUCUGUCUUAUUACAAUGUGCUUUUAUUUAUAAAAUAAAAGGUCUUGAGCUUUAAAUUAAAGAGAGGUGAAUAAUAAACCUAAUAUUUAAGGUAUUACUGUUCCAUUUCAGGAUCAAAUAUAAUAUUUUUGUGAAAAGGCUUUUUUAUUCCUUGUUACCUUUGUUGGAUUUUUCGCUCUAAAAAUUGUAAAGUUUGUUCCAAAAAAUACUUGUAAUAUAAUUUAAGAAACUAAUUAAAAAAUGCUACAAAUAUUUUCAUAAAGGUAAACGUUAAAUCAUAAUUCAAAUAUAAUCACGCAUAUAUAUAAAUAUUAAAUUUUAUUUAACUACCUACCUAGCCUCUAUGUAAUUUUAUCUAUCCCAAGAAACUGCAAAAUAUGCUUAGCUUGUAGUAGUUUUCAUAGUUAUAGUAUACAUAAUAUAUACUUAAAAAAUCUUUAUUAUAGUAAUUAUAUUGUAUAAUACUAUAAUUAUAUUUAAUUAUACAAUGCAUAAAAGAAAUUCGAUAUAGGUUCUAAACAGCACCCUAUACUGUCGUGCUAAGAUUGUUCUUUUUUUUUGUUUCCUUAUAUCCAGAUCUCUCCUAGAACGACUGAAUAGACACUGUAUUUGUUGAAUAAUUUGAAUAUAAUUAAACCAUAAGCAAAAUAGCGAUCACUACAGUUUAAAUACCUAUCUAAAAAAAUAUAUUGUAUAAAUUUACUGCAAUCCGUUUUCUGGGUAGAGGCGCUGCGCGUCCUCUCCCCAGAUUUUGAGAGUGGUUUUGAUAUUUUUGUAAAUUGAUGGGUCUUCUUACGCCGAAGAAAUAUAUGACAAAGUAUUGUUUUUUAAUCCUU